AUGAAAGUCACCGUCGUCUCUCGCAGCGGCAGAGAAGUCCUCAAGGCUCCCCUCGACCUCCCCGAUUCGGCGACUGUUGCUGAUCUGCAGGAAGCAUUUCAUAAGAGAGCUAAGAAGUUUUAUCCGUCGAGGCAAAGACUGACUCUUCCAGUGGCUCCUGGAUCGAAGGACAAACCUGUUGUCCUCAGCAGCAAGAAAUCACUCAAAGAGUACUGCGAUGGAAACACCGACUCUUUAACUGUAGUCUUCAAAGACUUGGGGCCACAAGUUUCCUACCGUACGCUCUUUUUCUUCGAGUAUCUUGGCCCACUCUUAAUCUACCCGGUCUUUUACUACUUCCCUGUUUACAAAUUCCUUGGGUAUGGAGAGGACCGUGUGAUCCAUCCGGUCCAGACGUACGCUAUGUACUACUGGUGCUUUCACUACUUCAAACGGAUCUUAGAAACGUUUUUCGUCCAUCGGUUCAGCCACGCAACCUCCCCAAUAGCAAAUGUGUUCAGGAACUGCGCUUAUUACUGGAGCUUUGGUGCUUACAUUGCUUAUUACGUCAACCAUCCCUUGUACACACCGGUCAGUGACCUUCAGAUGAAGAUUGGUUUCGGAUUUGGUUUGGUUUGCCAAGUCGCAAACUUUUACUGUCACAUCUUGCUGAAGAAUCUUAGAGACCCUAAUGGGUCUGGAGGCUACCAGAUUCCUCGCGGUUUCCUCUUCAACAUUGUUACAUGUGCCAAUUACACUACCGAGAUUUACCAAUGGCUAGGAUUCAACAUUGCUACUCAGACCAUUGCAGGAUACGUUUUCCUCGCUGUUGCCGCUCUAAUCAUGACCAAUUGGGCUCUUGGAAAGCACAGUCGUUUGAGAAAGAUAUUUGAUGGAAAAGAUGGGAAACCAAAGUAUCCAAGAAGAUGGGUGAUAUUACCUCCAUUCCUUUAG